AUGACGACCAUGGACCUCCGCGUGGGGAACAAGUACCGCAUCGGUCGCAAGAUCGGAAGUGGUAGCUUCGGCGAUAUCUACCUGGGCACCAACAUCAUCUCUGGCGAGGAGAUCGCCAUCAAGCUGGAGUCUGUCAAGGCCAAGCACCCCCAACUCGAGUAUGAGGCCCGCGUCUACAAGUCGCUCGCCGGCGGCGUCGGCAUCCCUUUCGUGAGAUGGUUCGGCACAGAAUGCGACUACAACGCUAUGGUCCUCGACCUGCUCGGCCCCUCCCUCGAAGACCUCUUCAACUUCUGCAACCGCAAGUUCUCGCUCAAGACCGUCCUGCUCCUCGCCGAUCAGCUCAUCUCCCGCAUCGAGUACAUCCACGCCAAGUCCUUCAUCCACCGUGAUAUCAAGCCCGACAACUUCCUCAUGGGUAUCGGCAAGCGUGGAAACCAGGUCAAUGUCAUCGAUUUCGGUCUGGCCAAGAAGUACCGUGACCCCAAGACGCACUUCCAUAUCCCAUACCGUGAGAACAAGAACUUGACCGGAACUGCCCGCUAUGCCUCCAUCAACACCCACUUGGGUGUCGAGCAGUCCCGCCGCGACGACAUGGAGUCUCUCGGCUAUGUCAUGCUCUACUUCUGCCGUGGCUCCCUUCCAUGGCAGGGCCUUAAGGCGGCUACCAAGAAGCAGAAGUACGACCGCAUCAUGGAGAAGAAGAUGACCACCCCGACCGAGGUCCUUUGCCGUGGAUUCCCCAACGAGUUUGCCAUCUACCUCAACUACACCCGCUCCCUGCGCUUCGACGAUAAGCCUGACUACUCGUACCUCCGCAAGAUCUUCCGCGACCUCUUCGUCCGCGAGGGCUUCCAAUACGACUACGUCUUCGACUGGACUGUCUACAAGUACCAGAAGAAUGCCCAGGCCAUCGCCCAGGCUCAGCAGGGCCAGGCUGGCGAGGAAGCUGACGAGAAGUCUGGUGGCCGCAACCGUACUGCCCAGGCCACGGGCGGACAGACUGCGCAGCUCAGCAAGGAUCGACGUGGCCCUGUGCAGCCGAGAAACGAGAGCUCUGGAAUGUGA